AAGCCGUCUCCGCCAGCCAAGAAACCAGCAAAGAUAUUUCACAAUGGAUGUAGAUGAUGAAGAAAACAUGAGUUCGAGCAGCACCGACAUUAAAGAGAACCGCAAUGUGGACAACGUUCCCCCCAAGGACGGCGCCGGGCCGGGGCCCGGGGAGGGCACCCCGCUCUCCAACGGCGGCGGCAGCAGCAGCAGCAGCAGGAAGAGACCUCUGGAGGAGGGCAACAAUGGCCAUGCCAAAUUCCGCCCCAAGAAGAGGAAGAAAACGCCCGGCCCCGUUCUGCCCAAGAACGCCCUGAUGCAGCUCAACGAGAUUAAGCCCGGUUUGCAGUACAAACUGCUCUCGCAGACGGGGCCGGUGCACGCCCCCAUGUUUGUGAUGGCGGUGGAAGUCAACGGACAGGUGUUUGAGGGCUCCGGCCCAACGAAGAAGAAGGCCAAGCUUCACGCCGCCGAGAAGGCUCUGCGCUCCUUCGUGCAGUUCCCAAACGCCUCGGAAGCCCACCUGGCCAUGGGCAGGACUCUGUCGGUCAACACAGACUUCACAUCCGACCAGGCCGAUUUCCCCGACACCCUGUUCAAUGGCUUUGAGACGCCGGUCCCGUCCGACGCCUCCUUCUACCUGGGCUCCAACGGGGACGGCUCCUUUGGCUCGGGCGGGGACUACGGGCUGCCAUCGUCCGCCGUAGCCAGCGGCCUUUCCCAGUCGCCCCUGCCCCCUGCCUCCCCCUACCCCACGGCCAGCGGCAAGAACCCCGUCAUGAUCCUCAACGAGCUGCGCCCCGGCCUCAAGUACGAGUUCCUCUCGGAGAGCGGGGAGAGCCACGCCAAGAACUUCGUCAUGGCCGUGGCUGUGGACGGACAGACUUUCGAAGGCUCGGGCAGGAAUAAAAAGCUGGCAAAAGCUCGGGCUGCUCAGUCAGCCCUGGCAUCCCUGUUCAACAUGCAGCUGGACCAGACUCCAUCUCGCCAGCCCAUUCCCAGCGAGGGGCUCCAGUUACACUUGCCACAGGUGUUAGCUGAUGCUGUUGCACGCUUGGUUGUAGAUAAAUUCAGUGAUUUGACAGAAAAUUUCUCAUCUCCACAUGCACGUCGAAAAGUCCUUGCUGGAGUUGUCAUGACAACAGGUACAGAUGUGAAAGAUGCCUUGGUAAUAAGUGUUUCUACAGGAACAAAAUGCAUCAACGGUGAAUACAUGAGUGAUCGUGGUCUUGCAUUAAAUGAUUGCCAUGCAGAAAUUAUAGCUCGGCGGUGUCUGCUGAAAUUUCUGUACACACAACUUGAGCUUUACCUAAGCAAUAAAGAAGAUCAGCAAAAAUCCAUUUUCAUCAGGUCAGAGCAAGGCGGGUUUAAGCUGAAGGAGAAUGUGCAGUUCCAUCUGUAUAUCAGCACAUCUCCUUGUGGUGAUGCUCGGAUUUUCUCACCCCAUGAAGCAGCACAAGAGGACCAAGGGGACAGACAUCCAAACCGCAAAGCCAGGGGACAGCUACGGACAAAGAUCGAGUCUGGGGAAGGGACCAUCCCUGUGCGCUCCACCACCACCAUCCAGACCUGGGAUGGGGUCUUGCAGGGAGAGAGGCUGCUGACCAUGUCCUGCAGUGACAAGAUAGCCAGGUGGAACGUAUUGGGUAUUCAAGGAGCCUUACUUAGCCUCUUUGUGGAGCCAAUUUACUUCUCUAGCAUCAUCUUGGGGAGUUUAUAUCAUGGGGAUCAUCUAUCCAGAGCCGUAUACCAGAGGAUAGCAGAGAUAGAAGAUCUACCACCUCUUUAUACACUCAACAGACCUUUACUUAGUGGUAUCAGCAACGCAGAAGCCCGUCAGCCAGGGAAAGCCCCGAACUUCAGUGUGAACUGGACAGUGGGAGACUCUGGGCUGGAAGUCAUUAACGCCACGACUGGCAAGGAUGAGAUGGGCCGCGCCUCCCGCCUCUGCAAGCACGCCUUCUACAGCCGCUGGAUGCGCAUCCACGCCAAGCUUUCCUCCAGCUUGCGCUCCAAGAUCCUCAAGCCCAACCUGUACCACGACACCAAGCAAGGAGCCACGGAGUAUCAAACUGCUAAAGAGUGUUUGUUUAAAGCAUUCCUGAAGGCAGGACUUGGAGCCUGGGUGGAGAAGCCCAUAGAACAGGAUCAGUUUUCUCUCACAGUCUAAUUCACAAACUGCACAUCACUUUGGAAAGGGAGUUGUUCUGGAGAUUCCUGGUGUCCAGCAUUGCUUUCUGGCAUCUCCACGGCCGUCACAACAUCCUUCUGCUCUUUGGAGUUGGGUUUCUUUGGGUUUUUUUUGAGACUUCACAGUA